CUCUCGGAUGGAGCGCCCUCGAGCUUUCUAGCUGCUCUCCUGACGAUGGAGGCGUUCUGCCCUUUUUACGUACGCAAUUCUGUGACAAGAGUCUCUUGGCCCUUUGAUACCCGAAUUGCGGGCUUUUGGUUAGCGAUGACUAACGCCGGCGGCGCUAAGUGGCCAAACUUUUUCCAUCCCGUGCAAAGUCAAUGUCAAGGAAAGCCCUCCUGACCAACAACUUGGAAUUUCUUUGAGCAGAGGCCAAAAAGUGAAAAUCCAUCGCCGGGCCCAGAGCACUAUCCCUCCAUCCCUCCCCCUUCCAUCCCAUCCUACAACAUCUUUCUCGACAAACCUGGUGACCGUUGAGAAGUCACCUCUCCCUGUCAAGCGGAGUGAAUUCGCAUUCCUACAGGGGUUUAUUUAAGAAAUUCACCUGUGGCGCAGCCCCUUAUCCUUGUGAAUCAGGAACGUCAUAUGCUCGGCAUAUCUGACUGUCAGCUUCAAAACGCGGUCAACCUGCUUUGCUCUUUUUCUCCUUGCACCACCUAAUUAUCACUCAUCACCAACAUCCGCAACCUAGCUACCUAGGAACAGGCCAUGCCUGCCGACUGUUCUCCUUAGCAACUACCGCCAUUAGCCAGCUUGCAUCAAUAUUGUUUCAUAGAAGUCAGCGCCGAUAAUUUCGACCCCAGAAGCUGGUUUGAUCAGACCAUCACGAUAGCGCGCCGAAUUUGCGACAUAUAUACGGGUCCCGAGUCGCACAGGCUGUCUCGACUGCUUCGUCAUCACAAACUGGCGGGCACCAUCGAUUCAACGUUUUCUACUCCUCGUUCACUCCUGGGGCCUGAGCUGGUCUACAGUGGAGUGAACAAGAAGCCGCCUUAACUGGCCUUCAGUAGCCUACGAGUUUAAUUUGACAUCACAGAAACGAAGAUCACCCGCCACCUUCACCAGCGUCGCUUUACCAGAGUCCCGGUACCGCGGCCCUCUUCUCAAUUCAGGUGUUUUACAAGAGCGUCGUUGCGGACGGCUCCCGGCCGUUCGCUGCCCCCCGCUGGUGCUUUCUUGCGACGACACCCACGGCAAUAUGCGCUGCGACUGAGUCCUCACUAGGGGCUCUUGGGCUGGGUUAGGACCCAUUGCAUCGGGAAAAAGUAAGGAAGCUAAGGAAAGAGACUGAGAAAGGGGACGGAACUAUCAAUACCACUGGAUCACCGCAAGACGACAAGCAGACACACCACGAAAAUGUCCGACCAGGAGGAGAUGGGCGGAAACUCGGGGUACUCGACCCCUGUUCCAGAGUUGGACGACCACCGAAACCAGACGGCGUCGGUGCAUCGCCCUGAUCGCGCUCGACGAGGAACAUUUGACUCCCUUUACGGGGCACGCCAAGUUGCAGCUGUUGCAGCCGGACAACCUGUUGUUCGCGAUUUUGAAGAGGCCAUCAUCGACGAUGAGGGGCCUGAGAACUCGCCCACUUUGAGACGCGCCCGUCGGCCAACCAUCGAGUCGAUUUCAGAUCGCUCUUCGUCGCCUCCUAAUUCGGUCAAGGCCUUUGCCGAGGCCCGCCGGCGGGAGCGCGACAUGUCGUUCUCGGAACCGAAGCCGGAGCAGAAUGAGCAGGAGGAGCCACCGCUUCAGAGGACUGCAUCCAUUGUCAGUCGGCAUAGUUACCGCAGCAAGCAGGUCACUGUGGCGGCGAGUGAUGAUGCCGCCAGUCUUGCAACCAACAAGUCAGCCGAGGAGGAUGUCUGCUUUCCGCUUCAGGACGAGCGGAGUGGUGCCACCCUGCACAUUGACUUUGACUAUCUGGAGAAUUUCAUGAAAGCCGAAAGUGAGGCCCGUGAAGCAGCUCGUCGUCCUUCUGUGCUUCGCACAUUCCCUGAUGUCCGGCCCUCUACCAACCCAUCUAAUGUUCCAACGCCCAUGAUCACUUUGGAUGGUGACUUUCUGUCGCCAGCCUUUGACGCAGAGAGCCACCAAGAAAAGUCCGAAAAAGGUCAAGACGAGGAACAGGUCAAGCAGGUCCAACUCCCGGUGCUUCAGCCAGAUCCAAACCGGGUCAGUUUCUUCUCUUCGGCCUGGGAAUCGACAAUCAAUGCCCCCGAUCUCGAAGGAUUGCUCGUGGAGGGUGAGGAUAUCCGUGGUCUCUUCAGCUUCCCCAAGGGCGAGACGGAUGGUGUGUGGUGGCUGGAUAUGAAGAACCCUUCUGAAGAGGAGGUGCGCGCCGUUUGCAGGGCCUUUGGUAUCCAUCCCCUGACAAUUGAAGAUAUCACGACGCAGGAAUCUCGCGAGAAGAUUGAACUCUUCCCGUCGUACUACUUUGCCUGCUUCCGGUCGUUCUUUAUCGAGAAUGACGAGGAUGGGGAGAAGGAGUUCAAGCCUUUCAACAUCUAUGCGGUUGUCUUCCGCGAGGGCACGCUGAGUUUCAGCUAUGCCAAGAAUUCUCAUGCCUCUCACGUGCGGAAGAGAAUCGCAAUGCUCAAGGAUUAUGUCUCGCUCAGUAGCGACUGGAUUUGCUACGCCUUGAUCGACGAUAUCGUUGAUUCAUUCGCUCCUGAUAUCCGCUCGCUUGAGGACGAAACGGACCAGAUUGAGGAUGAGGUCUUCAUUGCCCGUACAGAUGACAUGGCACAGUUCCUCCGCAAGAUCGGCACAGCACGCAAGAACACGAUGGCUCUGAUGAGACUACUUGGCGGCAAGGCCGACGUCCUCCGAGGCUUCACCAAGAGGUGCAACGAGAACUACAAGGUCACGCCACGUAUGGACAUAGGCAUGUACCUUGGCGAUAUCCAGGAUCACGUUGUUACCAUGAUGAACAACCUCGGCCACUGCGAAAAGAUGCUGUCUCGCGCGCACAGCAAUUAUCUCGCUCAGAUCUCGAUUGAUGGUAUUGCCCAAGGGACAAACACCAACCGUAUGUUGGGCAAGGUGACUCUGCUCGCGUCCAUCAUUGUCCCGCUCAAUGUGGUGACGGGCCUGUUUGGAAUGAACGUCAGGGUGCCGUUUGCGGAUGGGGACGGGGCCACUCUCGCGCCUUUCUUUGGGAUUCUAGGCAGUCUCUUGACUUUUUGCAUUCUGGGCUUUUGGCUGGCGAGGCAUUAUCGCAUGUUUUAGAACUGUGGUAUUGCCUCUCGCUACCAACCUAUAUUGGGGGGGGGUUAUCUCUUUGCUUCGAUUCUUGCGCUUCUCCCAUGGCUAGAACGAGAGGGAGACGAGCAUCUUUUUCUAUACACGAAUAAUGGGGUCUGGGCGGUGGGUAAUCUUGGAGAAUUUGAGCUCUAUAGAGAAAAGCAUGGAGGGAGGCAAAUUGGGGGUUUUUUUUUUUCGAAACCUGGAAAGCAAGGGGGAAUAGACUAGAACAAGAGGUUUCUGGGUGGAGUGGCAAUUGUGCUUUCUUCGUUACUUUGCUUGGUGACUGGGAGGGCGGGAGCCAGCCUGGGGCAAGCUAUAGUUGUGGUUUUCUUGCGUAUAUAGGGGUUCUAUAAUUACGUUUGUUCUGUACUG